GAUGCCGCUAGGCACGCCUUCGAGUACACGCACGAACUGUCUCCUGCGCAGCGUGCCUCAGUAGAUAGGAGGGAAGUGGUUUCCAUUGGCACCCCGUAGGACUGAGCGGGUGGUGUAGUCGUGAUCCCCAUCUCAGCGAUGUCGUCUCUUCACCGCACGCUUCUUCUCACGGUGUUCAUCACUCAUUUGACCGGAAUCCAGUCCACUGCGGACAGGCAGCACACCGUGGAGAAAGAUGUGGAUGAAGGUCAAAAAUGGGACAUAUUUGACAUUAACAAGGAUAUGAACCUGAUUGAGGGAGACAUUGCGUACGACCAGGUGUAUUCAAGGGGUCGAAGUGCAGUCCGUGAUGACCGCUACCGAUGGCCCAAAACCAUCCCUUACUACCUGGACAUGAGCCUUGACGUGAAUGCCAAGGGCGUCAUUAUGCAAGCGUUUGAGAUGUACCGACUCAAGACCUGUAUCGACUUCAAGCCCUGGGCCGGCGAGCGAGAGUACAUCCAAGUCAUCAAAGACAGCGGGUGCUGGUCCUAUGUGGGCAACCUUCACUACGGGAAGCAGGAGCUCUCCAUCGGCGCUAACUGCGACCGCCUGGGCACCGUGGAGCAUGAGUUCCUGCACGCGCUCGGCUUCUGGCACGAGCAGUCGCGCGCCGACCGCGACGACUAUGUCACCAUCAUGUGGGACCAGAUCCUGAACGGCAGGGAUGGGAACUUCGACAAGUACGAGGACGAUGUGACGGAUCUGCAGAAUGUGCCGUACGACUACUCCUCCGUGAUGCACUACGGCGCCGGCGCAUUCCAGAAAGCCGAGGAGCCCACCAUCAUCACGCGCAUCCCCGACUUCAUGCAGGUCAUCGGCCAGCGCUCCGACUUCAGCAAAUACGACCUCCAGAAGCUCAACCGCCUCUACAACUGCACUCGAUCGCUUGCGUUCAUGGAGCAGUGCAACUUUGAGGAGCUCAACAUCUGCGGGAUGAUCCAGGGAGCCGGUGACACGCUCGACUGGCAACAAGUCACGUCUGCUGUUAAUGGACCCGCUUCGGACUUCACUCACUUGACAAGUUGCCCGGGGAAGGGCCACUUCAUGUUCAUGAGAACCUCAGUGGGUACCGAAGGGAGCCAUGCGCUACUCGAAACGCGGACGCUGGUUCCAAAGCGCCAGCAGGACCAAUGCCUACAGUUCUACUACUCCGGCAGCAGUGGGCAGCGCGGGGACAAGCUCGGGGUCCACUUGCGCGUCGGCAACUCCACCGAGCUCAAGGAGGUCAUGUGGAUCACUGAUUUUAGUGAUGCUCAGUGGAAGUUUGUCUUCCAUCCGCUGGCAGAGACGCAGCCAUUCCGCGUGGUGUUCAAAGGAUUGAAGGGCUUGGCCACCUCUCCAGGGGGCAUAGCCAUCGAUGAUGUCAGCAUCAUGGAGGUGAAGUGUCCCACCCACAUGUGGCGUAUCCAGAAUUUCUCGCGAGUUCUGGCGUCGUCGCCGUCGGGGCCCGGGGGCAGGAUCUACAGCCCGCGGUUCGAGAGCGGCGAAGGCUACAACUUCCAGAUCUCCAUGUACAUCAAUGGCACAAGCGACAAUCCCGAGAACCUGGCGCUGUAUUUCCACCUGACGAGCGGCGACAAGGACAACUCGCUGACCUGGCCCUGCCCGUGGAAGCAGGCGACCAUGAGCGUGAUGGACCAGCACUGGGACGUCGGGGACCGCAUGUCGCGUACCCGCAGCGUCACCACCGAUCCGAAUUACGAGGGCACCCACCCUAACGGAACCACAUACUAUUACUGGGACCGGCCAGACAGGGUGGGGUUUCCGGUGUCCGGUGAAACGUACUCCCGGGGACCCGGUCUGGGAACGAGCAGCUUCAUGUCGCAUCACACGCUGCUGUCGCGCAACUACGUCAAGGGCGACGAGCUCAUGGUGCUCAUCGCCUUCGCAGAUGUGGCUCACCUGGUCGCGGAGCAACCACGCCCCUCGGCUACAGCCAAUCCCGGCCAGACGACACUCAAGCCCGGCCAGACGACACUCAAGCCCGGCCAGACGACACUCAAGCCCGGCCAGACGACACUCAAGCCCGGCCAGACGACACUCAAGCCCGGCCAGACGACACUCAAGCCCGGCGAGACCAAACCUCUGGACCCGUGCACGGAUGUGGAGUGUUUGAAUGACGGAGUCUGCCUCGUGCAAGAUGGGAAUGCUCUUUGCUUUUGCCCGCCUCUGGCCGACGGCUGGUACAAGGACGAUCGCUGCAAGCGGGGCUCUGAUUCGGACAUCGUGAUCCCCGCGGCGGUGACGGGGGUGGUGGUGUUCGUGGUGAUGCUCGCCGCCUCGGGCCUCACCUUUUUCCUCCUGAAGAGGAAGAAUAAGAAACGAGCUGCCCACAAGCAGACAAAGAGCCAGAAUGCUACUAACUUGUGAGAGGUGAGGGGGCAUUCACUCGAUAUCAGCUGGGAUGCUUGAGUAGCUGAGUAGCAAACAUCACCACUAACAUUCAGAGUCAAAGGAACAACGCAAGACCUCUGAUUGAGAAAUCUUCUGGGAAUUGUAAAUUGAAAAUGUUUAUCUGUUAUUAAAGAGUAAUUUUAACAUUUAUUUCCAAUUGGUUAAACAUAUGUUAAUUAAUUGUACAGGCAUUACGUGUGAUAUUUGAAAUAUGCACAAUACCUUUGGGGUAUGAAACGUCAUGUACACAUGAAUAGUAGGUUAUUAUAUGUAACUGUGUGUUUUACUCAGAUUGUUUAAAAUUAUAUUUGGGAAGUGUUGACAGCCAAUUAUGUGAGCUCAAUGUCGUUGCCGUAACAUAUUAGAAAAAAAGACAUCUAUAUAAUAAAAAUGAUAAUGUACACAAUGGCGCUGGUAAAUAAUAAACUGUUUGCAAUUCCUGUA